AUCAAACUUCCUUAUUACAAGGAUUGUGGAACCCAUGGACGCAAAAAUGGUGAAGAUGUAACCACCGCUUGGAAGAGAUGUGCCAAUGAUUACAAAUGCGCCAAACAAUGCGUCGAGGCCUAUAUGAACCGCUACAAGAAACAAUGUGCUUCGAUUGGUCAAAACUCAUGCCAGGCCAUGGCUCGCUUGCACAAUGGUGGCCCUUCUUGAUGCAGCAUUUCUGCUACCAUUAAAUACUGAAAUGCCAUCAAAAAGUGUUGCAAAUGCUCUUAAACUUGCGUCUUCGAAAGCAUUGCCGAAAUGAAGUUUCAGAAAGUC